UACUAUUUUAUUUUCAUGCACAGUACCUUGCUCAGAACUUGACCGAAAACAUUGUCCACCCCUUGUCUAUCAAGAAAUAUUUUUUAAAACGGCUUGAUAAGGAUUAUGAUGGUAAAUGAUGAUUGGUAGGAUACUGGGUAAUCAUGUUCAUUAUUUUUACUUGCAGUGCAAAGAAAGACAAAAGGCAAGCCGCAAAGAGAAGAAAUCAAAAACAUCUGCUAUGAACUCCCUGAAUUCUACCCUCUCUCUAAAUACAACUUUUGUGCAUCCCCAGUUUUUUUUCAUCAGUGGUUUGAAUAACAUGCCCCAUGCCAAAUACUACUAUGUUUUCCUGUGCUUUGUUUUUGUGGUCACUGUGUUGGGGAACUCCUUUGUCAUGUUCAGUAUAUACAUAGAGCGCAGUUUUCACACCCCAAAGUAUAUGGCCGUGUUUAAUUUGGUUGUAGCUGACUUAGGUGAAAGCACUGCUUUUAUUCCAAAUUUUAUUGCAAUGUUCCUUUUCGAUUCACAAUACAUCUCCUUUGACGCUUGCUUGGCCAACAUGUUUUUUGUGUUUUUCUUUGCCAGUUUGCAGUCUUUCACUCUGACCGUUUUGGCCUACGAUAGAUUGGUGGCAAUAUGCUUGCCACUGAGAUACCAUGCCAUCAUCACAAUGCAAGCGAUGGCAGUGAUAUUAACAGUGGUGUGGGCAUAUGAUUCAGUCUUACUGAUUUUAAUGGUGUCUUUGAUUACCAGGUUGUCCUUUUGUAAAUCCAUUGUGGUAAAAAGCCACUUCUGUGAUCAUGGACCCAUAUACAAUUUGGCCUGCAAUGACAAUUAUAUCAAUCAUAUGCUGGCAAUUAUUAACAUAGUAUUAUUACUUUAUGUACCCUUUAUUUUGACUGUACUAUCAUAUGUAUUUAUUGCUGGUGCAGUGUUUAAAAUAGCUUCAUGGGAAGGGAGAUUUAAAGCCAUUAAGACUUGUUCUGCACACCUAAUGCUGGUGGCUUUAUAUUAUCUUCCAAUCAUGGGCGUCUACAUUGCUGCACUAACUUUAAAUCUUCCGCCUAAUGUCAGGAUCAUGAGUACAUCAUUUGCAAAGGCUAUAACCCCCAUGAUGAACCCAAUAAUUUAUGUGCUGAAUACAGAAGAGUUUAAGGAAUUCUUAAAAAAACUUUUCAAAAGAAAAAUAAAUAACCACAAUGGGAAAGAAAAUAUUAAAAUAAAGGAAUGAAUUGAUAUUACAGGAACUCUUAUUACUGUAUUACAAACCCUGCAAUCUGUGAUUACAAAGGUAGAGGCAUGGGAUAUGAAUUCCUUAACCUCUGUUAAAUACAGAAAAAAAUCUUCAGUUUCCAGUUUUUAGUCUGCUAAGUCUUGGUUCAUUCGAUGGAAUACGUUUCAAAUGUAUUCAAUUAUUUAUUUUUUAAGCUUAAUGUUUAAAGUGGGAUUAAUUAUAAAAUGUUACUUACGGCAAUAUUGAUUCACUUUGAAUUUUUGAUUCUAUUCUUGUGGUUAUGAAUAAUGUAGUUUGAUGCACAUGCGAUUUGCUUAAUAAAUUACUUAUUAUUUAAUUGCAGUACCUAUAUUCAACAUAUGGAUACAUGUUAUUUUUUACAUAUGGGAAACAUAUGUUCUGAAUGUAUUUUAAGAAUAUAGUAGUCUUUUAUUUUUUAAAACUCAAGGCAAGCAAUAAUUAAUACCAUCUGUAUUUAAUGUUUCAGUGUCUCUUUUGA